CUUCAGAAUAUAUACCUAUUCUAUUCUUAUAUAAUAAUUUCCCAAAUCAAAUUGCGAAAAAAAGUGAAAUUAAAAAUAUUUCUCUUAAAUUCCCAAACGCUCUGGUGGAUCGCUUUUGCGGUCUCUCUUUCGCGUACCACAAGAAAUCUAAAACCCUAGAUCAGAAAACGAGCUUCGAUUCCUGCCAUGGCUGACUCAAUCUCUUCCUCCGAUCACGACCGAGAUCUCCCCAAGCCUCGUCUCUACAACCCCUACCAGGACCUCCAGGUGCCCAGCCGAAACCUCUAUCAGCUCCCAACCUCCCCCGAGUUUCUCUUCGUCGAAGAAGCAAGUCGCCAACGUCGAUCCUGGGGCGAGAAUCUCACCUUCUACACUGGUUGCACUUACCUCGCUGGAGCCGUUGGCGGCGCUGGAACCGGUCUUGUUACCGGAGUCAAAUCCUUCGAGUCCAGUGACACCAUGAAACUCCGUAUCAACCGGAUUCUAAAUGCGUCGGGUCACUCGGGACGGGUUUGGGGAAACCGAUUGGGUGUGAUCGGGUUGCUAUUUGCGGGUUUGGAGAGCGGUAUCGUUACAUUGAGGGAUACUGACGAUGUGUGGAAUAGUGUGGCGGCGGGUCUCGGUACCGGUGCGCUGUAUAGGGCGGCGAGAGGGGUUAGGUCGGCGGCCGUGGCGGGAGCGGUCGGUGGGGCUUUGGUCGGGGUAGCUUUGACGGCGAAGCAGGCAGUCAAGCGUUAUGUGCCUAUUUGAGAGGAGGGUUCUUGUGAGUGUAACUCAAAUUGUUUGUUUAAUCUUCCAAUUUUGAUCUCUUAGGUAGGCAUGGUCCAUUGAAAAAUUAUAAGAAUGGACUUCAUUCUAUGAUAAUGAUAAUGUUUUUGAACUGGAAUACCUUUAUUGUUGAAUAGCUCGGCAUGGGAGUCGCAUGCUUUGAUUAUAGUUUUGUUUGAUUCUAUAGUUGGCUCUUCGAAUUGUUUCGGAUAAUGAAUAAUGGAAAUGGAUUUGAUCUUGUGGAUA